AUGGACUUGCUACCCAAUGAUGUUGUGGAGCUUAUCCUGGAGAGACUUGACGUGAAAUCCUUGCUCAAGUUCAAGUCUGUAUCGAAACAAUGGAAAUCCACAAUCCAGUGCCGUGCUUUCCAAGAAAGACAGCUGAUGAAUCGUAGGCAAUCAGGUAAUCCAGAUGUUCUUUUCGUAUCUGUAUGUGAUCAUUCAUAUCUAUUUGAUACAGUGUUUGAAGAUAUGAGAACGUUGGUAGUGGGAUCAUCAGUUUCUGUUAAGAUCCCUACUCCUUGGGCAAAAAAACGCUUGUACAAUGUUUGCAAGAGUAGCUGUGACGGUCUGAUAUGCCUCCACGAUGCCAACGUUCCAAAUAUUGUUGCCAAUCCCACCACUCGAUGGCAUCGAACUUUCCCUCUUUCUACCUAUCAACGACUCAGAUAUCAUGAAGACAGGGUCAGUUCAACUCCAUGGGCUAAUCUUGGGUUCGGUAAAGACAAAACCAAUGGCACAUUCAAGCCAGUUUGCUUAUAUAACUCUGCUGAAUUUGGCGGCCUUUACAACGAUGACAACAGCACUACUAUUUGUGAAGUUUUCGAUUUUACCACCAAUGCUUGGAGGUACGUUGUCCCUGCGUCCCCCUAUCCGAUUCUUCCUUAUCAAGAUCCUAUAUAUGUAGAUGGGUCACUUCAUUGGCUCACUGAGGGUGAAACGGCCAAUGUCUUGUCUUUCGAUCUUCAUACCGAAACUUUCCAAGUCAUGUCUAAAGCUCCCUUUCUCCAUCACCACCACCACUCUAAUAGAGACUUGGUCAUGUGCAACCUUGAUGAUCGUUUGUGCGUAUCCGAAAAAAUGUGGCCCAAACAAGUGAUAUGGUCGUUUGAUUCAGACCGGGGGACAUGGAAUGAAAUAUAUUCCAUAGAUCUCAAUAUAACUUCCUCUUGGUUAGGGAAGCACAGAUUCUCACUCACACCACUAGGAGUUGUGGACAAGGACAAGUUAUUGUUUUGUGAACCUUUAACUGGAGAUCCAUUGCUAACACUAGAUCCCAAAACCAAAUCUUAUGAAAUUGCUCACGAAUUUUUGUAUCACACUAGUGCGCUUCCUCUUUGUUAUUUCCAGAGUUUAAUCACUAUUCUUUGA